AUGCAUCAAACAGGUGGAGAUGUUGAUGAUGGUGAAGAGCUUCAGUCUCAGUGGGCUGCUAUUGAGAGACUACCAACGUUUGAGAGGAUCACUACUGCUUUGUUCUGUGAAAGAGAUGAAGAAGGGAAGAGAAGUGAGAGACGACGACAAGUCAUGGAUGUUUCUAAACUUGAGGAUCUUGAUAGACGCCUCUUCAUCGAUAAGCUUAUCAAACAUGUUGAGAAUGACAAUCUCAAACUAUUGCAGAAAAUAAAGAAGAGGAUUGACGAGGUUGGGAUUGAGUUACCAAAGAUUGAAGUGAGGUUUAGUGAUCUUUUUGUGGAAGCAGAGUGUGAGGUAGUUUAUGGGAAGCCUAUCCCAACUCUUUGGAAUGCUAUUGCAAGAAAAUUAUCUAUAUUUAUGUGUUCAAAGCAAGAAAAGAAGAUAGGCAUCUUGAAAGGCGUCAGUGGAAUCAUAAGGCCUAAAAGAAUGACAUUGUUGCUUGGUCCUCCCGGUUGUGGUAAAACCACACUACUACUGGCACUAUCUGGAAGACUCAACCCUUCUUUAAAGACUAGAGGUGAAAUAAGUUACAACGGUCACUUAUUAUCAGAUUUUGUUUCUGAGAAAACAUCAAGUUAUGUAAGUCAAAACGAUCUUCACAUUCCAGAGCUUAGUGUAAGAGAGACACUCGAUUUUUCUGGAUGUUUUCAAGGCUCUGGAAGUCGUUUAGAAAUGAUGAAAGAGAUUAGUACAAUGGAGAAACUUAAAGGAAUAGUUCCAGAUCCUGAUAUAGAUGCAUACAUGAAGGCAGCUUCAAUUCAAGGCUCAAAAACUAAUCUGCAAACAGACUAUAUUCUAAAGAUCCUAGGACUCAAUAUCUGUGCAGAGACACUCAUUGGAGAUGCUUCAAGACCAGGAAUAUCCGGUGGCCAAAAGAGAAGAUUAACUACAGGGGAGAUGAUUGUAGGUCCAAUCAAAACUCUGUUCAUGGAUGAGAUAUCAAAUGGUUUAGACAGCUCAACUACAUUUCAGAUUCUAUCAUGUCUACAACAUUUUUCACUUCUAUCUGAAGGAACCAUACUGGUUUCACUACUUCAACCUGCACCAGAAACAUUUGAGCUUUUCGACGAUGUGAUUCUUAUGGGAGAAGGGAAGAUAAUCUAUCAUGGUCCGCGUGAUUCUGUUUGUAGAUUCUUUGAGGAUUGUGGAUUUAGAUGUCCAAAUAGGAAAUCUGUAGCUGAGUUCCUUCAAGAGGUUAUCUCAAGGAAAGAUCAAGAACAGUAUUGGUUUCAUAGAGACAUACCAUAUUGUUAUGUCUCCAUUGAUACAUUUGUGGAGAGAUUCAAAAAGUCUGGUGUUGGAUUACAACUAGAAGAAGAAGUCUCUAAGAGCUAUGAGAAGUCUCAGGCUCAAAAAGAUGGCUUAUGCUUUAGAAAAUACUCACUUAGUAAAUGGGAGAUGCUUGAAGCUUGCUCAAGAAGAGAGUUUCUUCUGAUGAAACGAAACUCUUUCGUUUACGUAUUCAAAUCUGGACUCUUGAUUUUCCUUGGAUUCAUUGCAAUGACUGUUUAUCUACGGACUGGUUCUACAAGAGAUGCUCUUCAUGCUAAUUAUCUUAUGGGUUCUCUGUUUUUCUCACUCUUUAAACUUCUUGUUGAUGGACUUCCAGAACUUACAUUAACAAUCUCGAGAAUCGCCGUUUUCUGCAAGCAAAAGGAGUUAUACUUUUAUCCUGCUUGGGCUUAUGCAAUUCCUUCAGCUAUUUUGAAGAUACCAAUUUCAUUUCUUGAAGCAUUCCUAUGGACCUUGCUUACAUAUUAUGUCAUUGGUUACACUCCUGAGUUUGACAGGUUCAUUCGCCAGUUCUUGAUCUUCUUUGCUUUACACCUUUCAUGUAUAUCUAUGUUCCGUGCUAUAGCUGCUGUGUUUAGAGACUUUGUUCUUGCCACAACUUUUGGAACCAUAUCUGUAAUGCUUCUCUCAGUAUUCGGAGGUUUCAUUGUUAGAAAACCUUCUAUGCCUGCUUGGCUUGAGUGGGGAUUCUGGUUAUCUCCAUUGUCAUAUGCUGAGAUUGGUCUAACCUCAAAUGAAUUUUUCGCUCCACGAUGGAGUAAGACAACAUCUGAAAACAAAACUUUGGGGGAACAAGUUCUUGAUGCUCGCGGGUUGAAUUUUGGUAAUCAAUCUUAUUGGAAGGCAUUUGGUGCCUUGAUCGGCUUCACACUCUUCUUCAAUACUGUUUUUGCACUGGCCUUGACAUUUCUAAAGACUUCACAGAGGUCACGUGCGAUUGUUUCUCAUGAGAAGAACACUCAAAGCUCAGAGAAAGAGUAUAAAUCAAGUUCUAAAAUAACUUCCCGACACAAAAAUGCAUUGCCUUUCGAGCCAUUAACUUUCACAUUUCAAGACGUGCGAUAUUUCAUCCAGACUCCUCAGGGGAAGAAGCUCCAGCUUCUCUCUGACGUUACAGGAGCAUUCAAGCCAGGUGUUCUCACUGCUCUAAUGGGAGUGAGUGGAGCUGGGAAAACGACUCUCCUUGAUGUUCUUUCGGGAAGAAAAACCCGCGGUGACAUUGAAGGACAGAUUCAAGUAGGUGGUUACCUUAAGGUUCAAGAAACGUUUGCAAGGGUUUCAGGUUAUUGCGAACAGUUUGAUAUUCACUCUCCCAAUUUAACCGUCGAAGAGUCCUUAAAAUACUCUGCUUGGCUUAGACUGCCUUCUACCAUCAAUUCAGAAACAAAGCUUGCAAUAGUUAAAGAAGUUCUUGAGACGAUAGAGCUCGAGGAGAUUAAAGAUUCAAUUGUAGGACUUCCUGGAAUUAGCGGUUUAACAACAGAACAACGCAAGAGACUAACAAUAGCAGUUGAGCUUGUUUCAAAUCCUUCAAUCAUAUUUAUGGAUGAGCCAACCACAGGAUUAGAUGCAAGAGCUGCUGCAAUUGUAAUGAGAGCUGUCAAGAACAUCGCCGAGACUGGUAGAACCGUUGUUUGCACGAUUCACCAGCCCGGCAUAGAUAUCUUUGAAGCAUUUGAUGAGCUGAUUCUGAUGAAAAAUGGAGGAAAGAUUAUCUAUUACGGACCUCUUGGACAGGAUUCAAGCAAAGUUAUUGAAUAUUUUAUGAGCAUUCCUGGAGUUCCUAAAAUGAAAGAGAACAGUAAUCCAGCUACAUGGCUACUAGAUAUUACUUCUGGAUCAUCAGAAGACAAACUUGGUGUUGAUUUGGCACAAAUUUACCAAGAAUCGACUUUGUUUAAGGAGAACAAACUACUAAUUGAGCAAAUGAGUUCUACAUCUUCAGGAUCAGAAGGAUUAAACUCGUCUUCACGGUAUGCUCAAACGAGUUGGGAACAAUUCAAAGCAUGCCUCUGGAAACAACACCUCUCUUAUUGGAGAAACCCUUCAUACAAUCUCACUCGCAUCAUCUUCAUGUGUCUAACUUCUUUGCUCUGUGGCAUUCUCUUCUGGCAAAAAGCUAAGGAAAUAAACACUCAGCAAGAUCUUUUCAACAUAUUUGGCUCAAUGUUCACUGUGAUUCUCUUCUCUGGAGUAAACAAUUGCUCAACAGUGUUGUUCUGUGUUGCAACGGAACGAAAUGUCUUCUACCGUGAAAGAUUUUCUCGAAUGUACAACUCAUGGUCGUAUUCACUUGCUCAGGUGUUGGUUGAAAUUCCAUACUCAUUUUUACAGUCUGUUAUAUGUGUGACAAUCGUGUACCCUAUGGUUGGUUAUCAAUGGUCAUUCUACAAAGUGUUUUGGAGCUUCUACACAAUCUUCUGCUCGUUGCUCAUCUUCAACUACUUCGGCAUGCUUUUAGUCGUUGUGACCCCAAACAUUCACGUUGCUUUUACUCUCCGUUCGUCUUUUUACACCAUCGUCAAUCUCUUUGCUGGUUAUGUCAUGCCAAAACCUAACAUUCCGAGAUGGUGGAUCUGGAUGUAUUACUUGAGCCCUACGUCAUGGGUUUUGAAUGGAUUGCUCACAUCUCAGUAUGGUGAUAUGGAGAAAGAGAUAUUAGCGUUUGGAGAGAGGAAGAAAGUUUCAGACUUCUUGGAAGAUUAUUUUGGUUACAGAAAUGACUCUUUGGCUCUUGUCUCUGUAGUUCUUAUUGCUUUCCCCAUUCUCUUGGCUUCUCUUUUCGCUUUCUUCAUUGCCGGCUGGAUGGUUCGAACUCCGGUCUUGUAUGAGAACAUCUGUUCGAAGUUGGUCAGGAAGAUAAACCUACCGUACCCUACAGGCUACAAGAGAAACGCUUUAGGUUCUCUUACACAAAAAAAGAUAACUGUGAAGCGCCACGAACCGCGUACCUCGGAAUCCAAUGUUGGUUUAGAGCAGAAGAAUCGUAGGACUGGCUCUCGGGCCUUUGUUUAUAGCUGA